CCCGGUGCAUUUUGGUAAUGGCUGUAGGCUUGAAGUAUAUGGUUCUUCUCCACCUCGCCUUCCUGGACCUUCAGGGUCUCCUCUGCAAAUUUAACGCCCUGUGUCCUCACACCGUAUUCUACCAUGACUGCUGGAUCAGACGCUUCCCUGGCCUGUUUGUCAGCCUUGCCGGGUCGGAGCAACGCGGGGCACGAGUGUUGCAGGCAAAGCCAGAAGUCUCAGCGUAUCUGUGCAGUCGGAAGUGCUGUGAUAAAGCUCCCUGUAACAUGGCUGUGUUUUACUCCGACCACAGAGAAGAUAAUUGUCACUUGGUGCACUGUCCGCAGCCCGAGAGCUGUUUACUCCAGCUGCAGAAGACGGCCGUGCUAUUCACCAUAACAGCUGGUGUUGAUCCUGACCUGUUGGUGUUUGAUAAAGCGGGGCAUGUCGACUUCAACCCAAGGUCCUCCUUGAAAUGGGAUCGUCCCAAUGAAUCGCAAGCAUUGGUCUCCUCGUCCCCUCUCCCUCCUUCCCUUCCCACUUCCGUUGCCUGGUCUUUGCCAACGCAUAAUGACCCUUCACAACCCGUAUCUCCUCCACAUUCUUCUCCCCAACUCUCUCCACCUCAUCCACCAAUCCCUGGAGACUCUCCACUUCGCUCUUUCCCGCCAACUCACUUACCAACUCUCACAACUCCCCUCAUUUCUAAAGACCCACUUCUCUACCCUUCGGGAAACAGGACUUUGGCAGGUCCUGCCGUCACCGAAGCAUCACCACCACCAUUGUCCCCGCUGGGCCAGCCCAGGCCAAACCUACAAAGCCCGGCUCAUCUUGACGGCAGCAAGCAGCUCCUCAAUGAAACCAAGAACCACAGCGGGAAGAACCAGAGUUCGGAUGGGGAGUCGGAGAGCCCCGGGGAUCCUUUAGUAAAUCUCUGGUUGCUCCCCGGUUUACUUGGAUCUUCAAUGGCCUUGUUAUGCUGCUGCUCAGGGAUCCUGGCCCUUGGGUGUUGCAGGAGGAGGAAGAGGGGGAGAUACCGACCAGGCCAUGCCAGAGACAAUGGCAGAGGAGCCCUUAUCAGGUGUACCCUGCUCAAGGAAAAGGAAUAA